AUGAAUUAUGGCUUAAUAUACGCUUUUAUUUUCUGGAUCACUAUUUGGCAAACAGUGUCCGCGACAAAAUAUACCGACAAGGAGAUUGUGUUUGAUGGCUCAAGUACUGGAACAGAAAACCCGGUAUUCACUGACGCAACAGUUCUCUCGCUGGUAAAUUCAAAGGUUACAAUAAAAAACUAUGCAAAAGUUGCUCUACCGGCAGGAUUUUUUUUGCAGAAUCAUUCAACGUUGACGAUCAUACCUAUACCUGGUAUUGACAUACCUUUUUCUUUGGAUGUUAAUGGUGAUGCACAAUUUAAUACCGGUUCAAAAUUCAUUUUUGACGGUUCAAAGACAAGUUAUUCCAGUUCUAUACAAGCCAUAAACUCAUUUCAUUUUUCUUUUGAUCUAGGAGCAGGUGGUUUAAUUGUACUUCAAGAUGACUCAUUCACUGCAACGCUUCCGACGUAUGGUUCUUAUACAUUAGGCUCAAAAAGACCAUCAAUAAAAAUAGGCAGUACAAUUACCGACACCUUAAAGUACUCUCCAGUUUUGAUAUAUGGAUCGUUAACCAUUGAUCAAACCGAUAGGACACAUUUAUAUCAAAUUGAUUUUGGACCAAACAAACCUGUCGUGGCUCCUGGUAAUGCCCCGGCAUUAUCUGUAAUCAAUACCAAGAUUUAUGGUAUAACAAAUUUAUAUGCGAACAUUUUUCAAAAUACGAUCGGUGGUUCACUAUCGACGUCUGGACUUCAUGCUUAUGUUCCUCAAAAUGCCUUCACUUUGAAUCUCUUAUAUCAACCUACAUUUACUAAUCCCAAUGAAGAACCAUAUGAUAUUUUAUUCACAGCCGAUCAAACUGCUUUGAUUACAAUCAAGAAUAUGAUACAAUAUCCAUCCGAUAUUUAUCAGCUUCAGGGACCCUUUCCUGCUAUCAGAGUGCUAUCCAAUGGAGCCGGUGUAUUAUCGAGUAGCUUUUCGGACCCUAACCAACUGUUAAACCUUGCAAUUGGUUCUGCGAAUGUUCGCUUUAGAUUACCUAAACCAGAAAGAAAGUUUGACUUACUGGCAAUAGGUUCAAAUAGAGACUUAUCUCCAAAUUAUGCAAUUCCAAGCUACUCCAAUGUUCUUACUAUAGCGCUGAUAGGCGAUUUAGUUAUACGCCCACCAUUUACUACUACUCAUACAGAUCCGAAAACAACUGAGAUUUUGCUUAUCAGUGAUUAUUCCAGUUCGGAUGCCGCCAAUCAUCAAUGGGUAAUUGGUCACUCUACUAUCACAUUAUAUAAUCAACCUCAAGGAGAUACGAAAAUAAUCGACUUAGGAAAUGGAGUUACAGAAUACCAAGUACUAUCCUAUGAGCCCUCACAGAUACAAAAUCCAGCGAAUCCGUUGAAACCAUAUGCAACAGUGACAAGAACAGUUCUCUACAGUCCACCUCCAGUGACAACUUUGAGCAUCGAUCAAAAUCACGAACACAUUGAAGAGGUCGUUUCAUAUUUCAUUACAACUGAUUCUAACAGUAAGAUAAUAACAGAUAGUAAGGUAAUAUCCAUUACAACUAAGUAUGACCCCGCACCCGAUCCAGAAACAAAUAUUAUAGAUUUAGGUAAUGAGGUUACGGAAUAUGUGGUCAUAUCAUAUUGGACAACUAUAAAUGAUCAAGGUAAGGUAUUUACGACAAGUAAAGUCCAAACAUAUAGUCCUCCACCUGUGACGAUCACAGCCACCACUGCUGCGGACUAUGUCGAGACGGACUGGAUCUCGUUCUUCAUCACCACGAAUGAUAAGGGGGAGAUUAUUACAGACAGCACACUGUUCAAUGCUACGCGUGACUACAACUUGCCUGAGGCUCCGCACACGUCGUUCGGGCCUGCACCUCCUGCCGAGACCAAGACUGUUGAUCUGGGCAACGAAGUGACUGAGUACCUGGUCAUCAGCUACUGGACGACCACCAACGAGUUUGGUGGGUUGAUCACCACUAGCAGCACCAGGACGUACAGCCCUCCACCUGUGACGAUCACAGCCACCACUGCUGCGGACUAUGUCGAGACGGACUGGAUCUCGUUCUUCAUCACCACGAAUGAUAAGGGGGAGAUUAUUACAGACAGCACACUGUUCAAUGCUACGCGUGACUACAACUUGCCUGAGGCUCCGCACACGUCGUUCGGGCCUGCACCUCCUGCCGAGACCAAGACUGUUGAUCUGGGCAACGAAGUGACUGAGUACCUGGUCAUCAGCUACUGGACGACCACCAACGAGUUUGGUGGGUUGAUCACCACUAGCAGCACCAGGACGUACAGCCCUCCACCUGUGACGAUCACAGCCACCACUGCUGCGGACUAUGUCGAGACGGACUGGAUCUCGUUCUUCAUCACCACGAAUGAUAAGGGGGAGAUUAUUACAGACAGCACACUGUUCAAUGCUACGCGUGACUACAACUUGCCCGAGGCUCCGCACACGUCGUUCGGGCCUGCACCUCCUGCCGAGACCAAGACUGUUGAUCUGGGCAACGAAGUGACUGAGUACCUGGUCAUCAGCUACUGGACGACCACCAACGAGUUUGGUGGGUUGAUCACCACUAGCAGCACCAGGACGUACAGCCCUCCACCUGUGACGAUCACAGCCACCACUGCUGCGGACUAUGUCGAGACGGACUGGAUCUCGUUCUUCAUCACCACGAAUGAUAAGGGGGAGAUUAUUACAGACAGCACACUGUUCAAUGCUACGCGUGACUACAACUUGCCUGAGGCUCCGCACACGUCGUUCGGGCCUGCACCUCCUGCCGAGACCAAGACUGUUGAUCUGGGCAACGAAGUGACUGAGUACCUGGUCAUCAGCUACUGGACGACCACCAACGAGUUUGGUGGGUUGAUCACCACUAGCAGCACCAGGACGUACAGCCCUCCACCUGUGACGAUCACAGCCACCACUGCUGCGGACUAUGUCGAGACGGACUGGAUCUCGUUCUUCAUCACCACGAAUGAUAAGGGGGAGAUUAUUACAGACAGCACACUGUUCAAUGCUACGCGUGACUACAACUUGCCUGAGGCUCCGCACACGUCGUUCGGGCCUGCACCUCCUGCCGAGACCAAGACUGUUGAUCUGGGCAACGAAGUGACUGAGUACCUGGUCAUCAGCUACUGGACGACCACCAACGAGUUUGGUGGGUUGAUCACCACUAGCAGCACCAGGACGUACAGCCCUCCACCUGUGACGAUCACAGCCACCACUGCUGCGGACUAUGUCGAGACGGACUGGAUCUCGUUCUUCAUCACCACGAAUGAUAAGGGGGAGAUUAUUACAGACAGCACACUGUUCAAUGCUACGCGUGACUACAACUUGCCUGAGGCUCCGCACACGUCGUUCGGGCCUGCACCUCCUGCCGAGACCAAGACUGUUGAUCUGGGCAACGAAGUGACUGAGUACCUGGUCAUCAGCUACUGGACGACCACCAACGAGUUUGGUGGGUUGAUCACCACUAGCAGCACCAGGACGUACAGCCCUCCACCUGUGACGAUCACAGCCACCACUGCUGCGGACUAUGUCGAGACGGACUGGAUCUCGUUCUUCAUCACCACGAAUGAUAAGGGGGAGAUUAUUACAGACAGCACACUGUUCAAUGCUACACGUGAAUAUAUCGAUGCUGAGGAAUUAUACAUAUCAUCAUCAUCGCCUUCCUCUUCUUUGUCUUCCUCUUUAUCAUCUUCUUUGCUUUUGUCAUCGUCAGAUAUUAAUUAUCUACCAUCUGAUACUUAUGUUAGCACUUCUAGCAUAUCUUCUAAUAUUUCAAACUCAGUUGAUCUCAGUUCAUCGAUUUCCUCUUCCUCUUCUAAUUUCAGUUCCGAUAAAUCGACAAUGCCAAGUUCUUCAGCAUUAGGAAGUGAUUUUAUUCCAUCUUCCUCCAUUAUUGAAUCAGUUAGUAUGAUCAGAAGUUCUACUGUUGUUUCUGAUAUCGUGACCGGCUUAGGAAGUCCCACAUAUUCUUUAGCACAUUCUCCGUCUUCUGAUAUGAGCUCUAUAAAUUCUUACGACUCCUCUAAACUAAUUCCAGAAGGAGGGUUUUCAGGAAGUACGGUACACCACUCAUCAGUGUAUUCCACCUCGAAAAGCAACGUUAAUGUAACAGUUUCAGAAAGCAGCAUUAUUGGUAUGGGCACCUAUGAUCCUCAUUCUACGUCUACAGAACAACAGGAUAUUAACGAGGUCAUUACUAGCAGUUCAUUACAAAGCACUUAUACAGGUAGUAGUUUGUCAAGCAAAAUCACUAGUUCGGAUUAUUUGAUUAAUAGUCAACCAGACACAAAUGCAUCGCAUAUUUUAUCACAUUAUUUUGCAACAAGCGAAGACGGAGUUGUAGUAACUAGUGUUGCGACGAUUUCAACUGUAUCUCAUAGUCACUUCCCUGCUUUUAAUGAAGCUGAUAACAGUGGUAGCUCUAGAGGUAAUACAGUUGUGACUGCAUCUAACAGUGUGAUUAACAAUUCUGAAACUAAUAAUACUGAACAGAGCACAAACAUAGAGAAUAAUAACUCAUUAACAACAUCCAAUAACAACCAAUCUGAGAUAUACGGCACUGCCACAACUUUAACAAACUCGAUCAAACAUACCAAUGAUGCUCUGCAUGAAAACUCGGCAAUUUCGGUUCAAACUUCAACCUCCACCUUGCCCAAUGUAUCUUCAAAGUCAAUCCUUCCAACCUCAUCCAUUCAGCGUACAUCACAACGGGUAUCCGAGGGCACAUUUUCUAUCGAUACUCUAUAUGAAGCUUCAGGUUCGCACCACAAAAAGUCUACCACGCUACUUGAAUCAAUGAUGCUUAUUUUCAUUAUUUUCUUCAUCUGA